AUGGGCCCCUGUACCGCCUCCUCUUGCUGCUGCCAGGCCCGUAAUCUGCCAUGGGCCCCCGUACCGAACUCCUCAUCGCUGCUGCCUAGGCCCGUAAUCUGUCAUGGACCCUGUACCGCCUCCUCAUCUGCUAGCCAGGUCCAGAGUGUGUCAUGGUCUCCCUGUAAACGCCUCCCAUUGCUGCUGACUCCUCCAUCACCACACUCUGACCAUGUGCCACUUCAUCAGUCUCCUCACACUGCUGGUGUUCCAUUUUUGUCAUAGAUGCUGUAUAGGCCUCCCAUUGCUGCUUAAGCCAUCCACCACGCCACAACCAAUGUGGCUUCACACUCUGGAGUUUUGGCCCCGUGACUGCCCAAAAUGAGUGAAAGUUUGCGGUGAUUUCUAAGGAUCGACUGCACUCACCUGCAUGUCAUACUGAACUGACAUAUUAUUUCUCUUCCCCAGCAACUCCAAGGGCAUUUAAAGUAAAGGUACCGUGUGUCUGCACUAAUAUAA